AUGGGCAAUAAGAAGGACUAGAGUAAGGAGGUAAUCUUAGCUAAAAAUGAAGAAGAAAGGAAGAAGCGACUCUAACACAAGAAAUAGACUGAGGCUGCAAUUCUAAUAUAGAAAUAGCUGCGCUAAUAUUCUGUCAACCAACAUUUAGCACACGAGAUUUUGAUUCAGGAAAAAAUAGCUGGGAAUAUUAUGGCCUUAAAGCAACUCAUCCAGAAAGUUCCACAAUAAGAAAAACAAAUAAUUGAAAAAGGAUUUGGAAAGAUUAUUCUAAAGAUUAAUAUUGCUUUGAACAGUAUAAGAUCUAAAAUGCUGAUUACGAAACUUUAGAACUCAAUUGCUGAUAUCUAUGAUCUUGCAAUAAGAACAUCAAAGUAUAUUAAUGAUAUGGAUUUCGGAAUCAAUAAGGAUCAUUAUGAAUUACUGAUCUUUUAUCUGAUGAACCUAAGCCUGAAAGCAGAAUUUAAGAAGUCGCAAAUUGGACUUUAGUUAUAUAAUGCUAGCAUCAAUUUUUUGAACGAAUAUUCGAAUUCUAGAAUUAAUGUUGAUAACAGUAGAGAUAUAAAUGAUUACUUUGUCUAGAAAAAUCAUAGCAUCUUGUCUAAGAUAUUCUAGGAGAACCAUGAAAUGACUUAUGAAAAUUUAUAGAAUUCUACGGUACAGCAUUGGGAAAGAAUAAUAUUGAAUUCAAACCUUGAAAACACUCCUAAUAGUCUGAUUAGUCAAUUGAUUUUAGACAAUGGUCUUAUCAAUCUAUUUUCUGAUGAAAGCUAGCAAAUCUAGUUCUUCAAAUAAAUUUUGAAUCCAUGGUUUGAAAACUUAGUUUAUAAGAAUAGUAUUAAAGAACUUUACUAACUAUCAACAAUUUUAAGUUUUAUGAGAGCUAUCCAUCAUAAACUAGAUAUUAACCAAAUAUUAAAAAUGAUAAGAAGAAUUACGUAAUAGUAUCUUGAAGUCGUGAAACAAAUAAAAGGAAACAAUCAAAAUAUAUUCAUUGAACAAGAACUUUUAAAAUAUAAUUGCAAGUCUGUUAUUGUCAAAGUAACUCAUGACAUUGAGAAGUUGAUUCUAGUAUACUAAAAAGAGGGGCAAGCUGAUAAAGUAGACAUAAACACAUCUAGCAAAAUCACUAGUUUAGUGUUGCAGUUAAUGAAGUUGCUAGAUAUCAAAGAAUAGUAUAUUGAACGAGAAAUUGUUUUCAGAAGUAGCAUGCUAAUCAAUCUUUGCGUGUAUCUUUAAGACACUUAUAUUGGAAUAUUAGGCUCACCAAACUAAUUAAUAGAGCAGGUGAGAUCAGACUUGGAUCUCUUUAAUCUCUUUCUCCAUAUCCUUCAAUAAAGACUUAUAGUGUUAGAUGACUUGGAAUUUUUAAACUAGAAGAAGAGCACCUUCCAUAACUUUCUUAAUCAAGAUCAAUCCAGACUAUAUGAUAGAGAUAGAAGGCUUAAUCUGUAUCCAAAGGAUUUUUGGAUUGUUGAUAAAAACCUUAUUAACUUAGCUGAUAGACUAAGACCCUCUCAACUAAUGUCUGGUAUCUCCCCAACGCUAUUUUAAAAUGCAUAGCAAACUAUACCUUUUGAGUUGAGAGCUUUGAUAUUUAGAGAUUUACUAUAAGAGGAAAAGGAUACAAGGUAAUCUCAUAUGUUCAGUUUACUUCAUUCUGAGGGAGUAGAGAUAAGAAGAGAGUACAUGUUAGAAGAUGCAUUUGAGAAGAUGUAUGGUCUAGGAGAAGAUAUUAAGAAUAAACUAAGGAUUUAAUUUGUAGACUUGAAUUAUAUCACAGAAGAGGGAAUCGACGGUGGAGGAUUGUUCAAAGAGUUUAUGACUAAAUUAACAGAGCAUAUAUUCAAUCCCUAAUAUGCCUUUUUCAGUGAAACUGCAGAUAGAAAACUUCAUCCAAACUACUUGUCUUAAAACUAAUAAGACUACGAUCACUACUACAAAUUCUUCGGUAUGAUAGUAGGGAAAGCCAUAUAUGAAGGAGUAUUAAUAAAAGCCUCUUUUGCAAAGUUUUUCUUGAAUAAAUUUGCAGAUAAAUCUAACAAUCUAGAUGAUCUUAAAACAUAUGACGCUGAGUUAUAUAAUAAUCUAAUGUAUCUAAAAUACUACGAGGGAGAUGCUGAGGAUUUAGGAUUAACUUUCUCUAUUAAUGAGGAUUUAUAUGGGCAUAUAAAUCAUAUUCCUUUAGUCCCCAAUGGUGCGAAUAUUGGAGAAUAUCUCUCAUUAUUCUUCCCAGAUGAAAUCCAAUUAUUGAUUUCAGGGGGUAAAAAUGAAAUUGAUGUUGAAGAUUUAAGAAGAAACACAGUAUAUCAUGGAUUUAGGGAUAAUGAUCCAUACAUCAUUGAAUUUUGGAAUUUCCUCAGAGCUCUACCAAAUGAAGAAAAAGAAAAAUUCCUUGUAUUUGUCACUGGCACAAAUAGAGGGCCAUUACUAGGCUUUAAAUACUUAAAUCCCUAGUUUUGCAUUCAUUAAAUUUUGCUGGACAGAGGAGAGCAAAGAUUCCCAACAGCCUCAACCUGCAUGAAUAUGUUGAAACUCCCUCAUUAUGGUGAUUCGGACAAAAUGAAAGAAGUGCUUUCUUAUGCAAUAAACUCUAAUGCCGGCUUCAACUUGGAAUGA